GGUGCAUUCCAGGUCGAUGAAAUGGCAUCACGCGACAGUUGGAAACUCGGUAUUUCCGAGCAAACGAGUGACAUUUGCGACAGACGACGUUGCGAAAGCAGCGAAAUUUCAAAUGAUGGCAUCGCCAUUUCCUCCGACACGCGAUCCACGAUUGGCUACUUACGUCGCUCUCGAGGCCUCAAUAGGAUCUAACAGUAAAGACCACUAACCGCUGACAGCUCGCUUCGUUCCGUGGAACACUGAAACCGAUGUGUCCUCAUCAGCGCGCGCGUGACGUUCGGGUUCGGUGGUAUCGGUGGUAUCAGUAUGGCAUUCGGUGGCGCUUGAUUUUCGUUUACGAUUAUUAACUCAUUUUCGCACGGUUUAUGUUCCCUCGAGUGAUCUCCCAUCUUCAUGACGGCGGUUAGCGAAUCCCAUUGCGUAGUCGUCACCGGCGGCCUGGUAGGAGGGGGACGUUGACGAGGCACGGCAUCUAGGGCUGUUCUAACCUAAAGAGAGCACCGCGAGGAGCCGACGUUCUGUCACUUAUGACAGGUUGAGAGGUGUUCCUCGAGCGCGCUUUCGAUCGCCGAAGUAUGACUGUUUGGGAGAGGCUGCGCAACCCGUGCGGCUGGCGCGCCGGUGCCAAGCAAAUCUCCGUGGACGCGAUGUUACCGCUGGUAGUGGUGCCGGCAUUGGCGGUGAUCGCCGCCCAGACCGUCCUCUGCACGGUCGUUGUGUUCGCGGCGACGCCAGUCCUCGUUUACUACUUGCAUCACAAUUUUCUGCGAUUCUUGCUGCGCACCAAGUUCUUCCUCAUGUGGACCAUCACGAGCGUGCUGAUGCUGAUGCUCGUGUUCGAGAUCAGUGUAGUGCCGUUGCUGGAAAUCCUGCCCGAGGAGAAUCUGCUGUUCAUGGUGUGUGUGGUCGGUGGUAUCUGGUGCGGCUACCGAGCCAAGCUCAAUGCAGAUUACGCAGCGCAGGAAGGCAUCCUUGUACAGGGCCUGGAGCUGGGUGAGGGCAGUGGAGAGCUUUGCACCACGUGCAGGAGAAGGGCGCCACCCAGAGCCCACCAUUGCCGCUUGUGCCAGACAUGUAUACUUAACAGGGAAUAUCAUUGCAAAUGGCUGGACUGCUGCAUAGGUUCCAGCAACCUGAGGUGGUACUUGGGCUGUUUAUUCUUUUCUGCAAUCGCCUUCAUCUAUGGCUCCAACUUAACUAUGACUAGUGUCUGUCACCCGUUUAUACUCAUCGGGACUGUACUCCUGCCAGAUGACUGCAGCGAUGUGUAUCACCAGUUAGACAUCGCUCUUUGCUUUGUCUCCGCACUCUACAGUCUCCUCGUCGGUCUAGUGGUCGUUUGCUAUCUCAUAUAUCAUCUUUGGUUGCUCUACCAAGGCACGACGUCGAAUGAACGACGCCUGGACGCCGGAAGUCAGUAUGAUCAUGGAAUACUAAAGAACGUCUCACGGUUAUUUUGCUGCAAGACCUAGAUAGCAAUUGUAGGUUAGACUAACGAAUUUACUUCGCAGAAGAUGUACGUGCUCUAUGCUCCGUACAAAGUAUAUAUUACGGAAUCAAACUUGAUAAAUUAGGAAAUUAUCAUCGAGAGAAAGGCUACCGAAAAGCCGAGAAAUCUCAUUCAUGAUACUAAGUCAGAUGCCGAGUCAACGGUUAAACGGUAAAUUAGAAUGUACUUAUUGUAUCAUCGAUCCCAUCGCAUGUUCCAACGGUUCAAUGUGUAUCAGGUACUUGCGUGUUUAACAAUUCGUAAUUUCUGGCGAAUACAUCGUCCGCUAUGGUCGUAACGUUGCUCUCACCGGGGCCACGUGCGACAGCGGCAUAUCGCGAGGCAUCAGCUCGCACUAUAGUCAUGAUUAUUCUUAAUGUAUCAUUGUGCAUACCAUUUGUAUAUUUAUUGUAACUGUGAUAAAGUGGCCAUUGUGUACGAGUAAUAUAAUAAAUUAUACUAAUCGAGUACAUAUAUAUAUAUAUAUAUAUACAUACACGCACACACGUGUGUAUGUAUGUAUGUGUGUAUAUAUGUAUCAUGUAAUCACGAAUUCGAGUAAAGGAGAAAUAUGAAUAUACAAAUGUAUAAUGACGAUUUACAUCUUAUUCUGCGUAAAAGAACAGAAGGAAGCUGCUUUAUCUUACGCGUACUUAGAAGUAAGGCUGCUCUUUUUACGUCAUCAUUCGGAUACAAAGUCAAAACAAUUGUCGCGUAUAGCGUAAUCUACGUUAACAUGUAUUAAUUCCCUCUUAUUAGUCCUCUAUUAAUACACCUCUCUGUCCCGGAUCGAAAUCUGGCACCACUUCUUGCACUAUUUUUCGCCAAGCGUUUUUUACACGCUCGCUCUCCGCGAUAGCGGACGCUAUCUCGGGAUAUCGUUUCCACAUGUGAAAGUAUUUUAUCUUCAAUUUUUCCUUGUAGUACUCCGAGGCCAAACGCUCGUUCUUGAGUCGCUUCACUUUAUAUUCCACGGUCUUUAUCUUCCACAGUUUGAAACACUUGGUUUGCAGUCUCAUGUCAAACAAGUCCUUUGCCACUUGCUUUUUUCUCUUUUCCUCUUUCGUGAAUUCCUUCCACUGUUGUAGCACGCACCACGUUAUAUUUCUGUUGUAUAACGACGUGGCCAUUUCGAUCUUGAUUUCACCUUGAUGUUCCGUCUCCGUCCUCCAGCCGAUGAACGCUUUACGCAGUAGACGCCGUUCGUAGUGGUCGUUCGCUUUGCUAAUAUAAUUGGUCUUCCUUUCGACGAGUGCGACGAACGGCUGCAUUACGUAACGUCGCAACAGGUGCUUGCGAUAAAACGCCUCCGCCAUGGCGUUCAGUUUCUUAUAUCUUUCUAUCUCGCGUGCUCGCUGCUGCUCCCGUUCCUCGCGCAUUCUUCUUACUUCGCGCUGGGCCUGGACAAGUGUAAUCUUAGAUUAAAUUCUCGCGUACACUUCUAAAUGUAACGUAAGCGGCGUUAGAGUAAACACUAUUACAUUGUAGAAUAAGAUGUAAAAUGUAUAUCAAGAUGAAUGUUCCAAUCAGAGACAGAGUGACAGUGUCUCAACUUGUGACAAUCAUUUUCCUAUCACGAAAAAACGAAAAAAAAAACAAACCAUCAUGUCACUAAAUGGUACUUUAGUCAUCUCUGACAAGAAAUAUAUACCAAUUAAAUUGGAAAGGUGCAAUGCGAGAAACUCUAAAUGUACAAAUUUUCCAACGAAGUCAACUUUGUGUACCUUAUAAGUACAUCAUUGAUAUUUCUUCAUUUAUCCUCACGGUGAGAUCACCUGGUUACUAAUUGGGACGCUCAUCUUAGUAUGCGAAAGUAUUGUAUAUUACGAUAUAACAUCUAGUGACGACGUCUUUCGCGACGGAUAAUUUUGCUCGCGAGGUAAAGCUACGCGCGCGCUAAGAAGCGUACGAUACACGUCUGGUACGAUAUUAAUAUACUUUGACCUGUCAUAUUA